UAUUUCCUCCAGUCACGUCAUAAAAGUUUCCUUUGAAAAGACAUGGCCAAGAGCAAUGGUGGAAAUGACUGGCAAUAUCUCACACAUUCGGUAAAUCCAUGAUCACGAUACGCCUUUAGACCUACUUGGAGGAAAUUAAGCAGGAUUCAAACGACCUACCCUCGCCCCAUGCAAAUCAGUGCACAGUGACCCGCACAGCGACAGGUGCGUCAGUCGGGCAGGUACCCGGAAGAAGAGACAAAAAAAACAGGAGCUUGUUCGAGUUACAGUGUGUUAACCCUGACUGAGACUAAUUCUAGCCCAGCUAUAGCCAUGGACCAGAGGAGCCUACAGGCAGAGUUUAAGGAUCAGUUUACAGAUGUGGUGUCCAGACUGCAGUCUAAACAGCUGUUCCAGUCUGACUGGGACAUCGCCUCCUUCGCUGUCUUCUUCAUCUUCAUCGGCAUGGUUCUGCUGCUUGUUGUCCUGGUUCUGAUCCGCUGCUGCUGCUGCUGCUGUGAUGAACAGCCUAGAAGACACAAAGUGGGUCAUGAAAACUUUGGAAUGGAGACCUGAAAGAAACUUGGAAACAGAAUUGAAGAUUCCACAAUGACGACACUUAGAAAAUUGAUUAGUCCUUUUUAUAAUUCAUUUUAUUCAUAUUUUUAGAUGCACUUUAUAUUUACCUUCUGUGUGCCAAACCAAGAGUUGUAUAACUUGUUUUCAUUCUGGUUCUAUUUACUUUGACGGGUGGAAAAUGUUGCACUCCCUGUGGUAACCCGUUUUAGCUGCCGUCUAAUGGUGGCAAGUCAUUGGAGGUCAUAUGAACCAGUUUGUUUACUUGUUCCCUGCACGGCUAGCGGUUGUUGCUAGGACGCCAGAAAGGUGAAGACAGUCACUGAGUGUCACAACCAGAAGAUAAAAGGGCUUUCACUAACGGUUCAUGAAAAACUGGGCACCACUCUUUAUGUAGUAGAAUCAACACGAGUUCACAAAGCCAAAGUUUUGUACUUCGUUUUACGUGUACUUUAAACGUAACUUCUUAAGUGUAUGUAAUGAGGAAUCAUAGAUAUUGUAGUAGUAUUGAUUCAAUGACUUUAAUGUAGUUAGUUAUAUUAACAAUAAUUCAAUGUUGAAACAUGUACAUCGUACCAUUCAAAUGAUUCAAUAAUAUUUUGUCCUGAUUGACUUACCGAACACUCCUGUAUAACAUCUUUAUUGCACAGAUAAUAAAUCAUAUGGUCCACAA